AUGGAGGGAGGGGCCAAGGAGGACCCUCAGGUGUCGUCGCCACCCUCGGCAGAGUUGCGCACGACUCUAGAAAGAAUAGGCUUGAGCCAGUACUAUGACAGCCUGGUGGCGAACGGCUUUGAGGAUUGGGAGACGGUCUGCUGCAUCUCAGAAAAAGACUUCGAAGAGCUCGGAUUCAAAGUCGGCCAUCGGAGAGUUCUCCAACGAGAGAUUAGGAAAGCCCUUGGUCUACCACAGAACAGGGCCCCGGCCUCAAGUUGCGGCGGAUCACCUCAUAUCUCGAGCGUAGAAGCUUCGUUGGCAGACGGGCAAGACGGAUUGAAAAGAAAACCUACACCGCAAGAAGCGCAAAGCAAACGCCGUUACAGACGUCACCCCAAGCCUGAUCCCAACGCGCCCAAGAAGCCCAAGACGGCGUACGUAAAUUUCUCAGACCAUCUCAGGACCUUUUCAGAGAUCAGUAAGCUUAGCUUCGUCGAGAUUGCCAAAAAAGUCGGACUCGAAUGGCAGCGUCUACCGCCCGAAGACAAGUCGUGGUGGGAGAAUCAAAGCAAAGAUGCUCAACAGAAAUACGAGGCAGAGCUCUUGGAAUACAUGAAGCACGACAACUACACCAAAUAUCAAGCUUACCUCAGCGACUUUCGACAAAAGCACCCGCAGCUCCCCACCUCGAACAGUGGGGGUAGCCAGCGGAAGCACCGUAAGUCCCCUUCCUCCUCGGAUGACGGCUCGGCACUCCCAAACAGAUCCCGGUCUGUAGAGCAAAGAGAAGCGGGUACGUUUCCUGAACCGUCAACCCGGCCCAGCUCCGCGUCCGGUCAGAACGAUUGCGUCUACAUUGUGAAUUUCGCCAUAGGGGAGCUUUCCCGGAUGCUUGAAGCUGAAGGCUCGCACUUGGACUUGUACGACGCUCACACUCUCCCUCCGCAACACCUGGUCCAUAGUGGAGUAAGGGCUUUCUUCGGCGGUACCGAUUCGCUUCUCUUCACAUACCAGGAGUCACACGCCUCAAGCCUGCUGGAAAGAGUUUACACAACUGGAGAAGAACCAGACCCGCUUGCACUGGCUGAAGUUUUUGCCAUGGCGGCCAUCGGGAGCUAUUUCGAUACGAACGCCGUCCCAACGGUUGCCAGGAAGUCACUAUAUCACUCAUGCGGACGGCUGUUGAAAGGCAGCCAAGAGGUAGAUGACUUGCGUUACAUGCGCUUGUUCUUGUCCUUGGCGUUUUAUUGUAUAAUGGAGAAUUAUACAAGCGCACGCAUCCUUGUCUCUGCAGCCAUCCAAAUAGGCCGACUGAGACUUCCACUGUCUCAGAAUCCCGCGGACGAUUCUGAAGAGGAGGGGUUCUGGAGAAAGAUAUUUCGUUCGUGCAUAUUCGUCGAGAGCUGGUUUUGCUACAGUCUCCGCCAGAGAUCCAUGAUCACCUCUACCGACAAGGCGUAUGCAUGCCCCUUGACGGCUCACGGCUUGACGCAAAUCUCCAUACAAGAAGGAAUCCGUUACCAGACCACCGAGAUUGCGAUGCUAGCGGCCGCAACCAUGGAGCAUGUCAGUUCGCCGGACAGCCUUCGGGUCGCGGCAAUCAGGUAUUACAUGGACAAGCUCAAUGCCUGGCACGCAGCGCUCCCGCUCACCAUGCGCUUGGCAACGCUGAGCUCCGAAGAUUCGGAUAUGCUCUCGCCAAAUCAAAAGUUCUCACUGCUUCUGGUCCACCUACUCUAUCUAGGUGCCGUUACAUUGCUCCAUCGACCCAUUCUCGCGGCGGUCGCGAAUUUGAGUCGAAAUGGAACUUGGGAGGUUGAUGCGCCGCCGGAGGAGGUACGAGGGUUUGAGAAUGAUUGUAUCACGGCUGCUUCGCAGGGCGCUCGUGUCGUGGCUUUGUUGAAGGCUGAUGGAACGUUCCCGAAACAGUGCUGGAUUGUUGUGUAA